CCGUCCGGCCGCGACAUGCUCUCCGCCGUGUGGCUGGUUGCCGCCCUGCUGGGCGCGCGCAUCGAAGCCUCCCCCAUGCAGCACGGCGCCUCGGACGCCGACGUCAGGCGCAGCGGCGGAGGAUACGUCGCGGAGUGGGUGUGGGAGCAGUGGGCGCUGCCGCCGACCACGUUCAACGCGACCGAGUCGGCCGCCUACCGCGGCCCGGGCCCUCGCGUCGGCGCCUCGCUGUGGCGGGACCGCGCCGGCCGCUCCUGGUGGCUGUUCGGCGGGCGGCAGCGGGCGGCGCACGCCGGGGACGUCCUCAAGGUCUACUCCGACCUGUGGCGGUACGACGUUGCGGAGACUCGCCGCUGGUCGCGGGUCUUCCCCAGCGACGACGGCCGAGCGAAGGCCAGCGGCAUCGUGCUGCUGCGCGCCUGGCUGCAGUCCGCAUCCGCCGCCGGCAACAGAUCAGGCAUCGUGCUGUGCGGCAGAAGCGAGGCGCGCCGUCCGGAGGACCGCUCGCUGGCGGUGUACGGGGCGCGCAGCGGGCGCAGCGACACCGUCUGGCAGAUGGAGCUGAAGGACGGCCUGUGGACGGCCUACGUCUGCUGCUGCGACUCCACCGACCGCAGCGACGAGGGCCACCCGCGCCGCCACCGCGGCCAGGACCCCAGGGAGUUCCCGCGCGCCGCCGUGCCCGACGACGACGACGACGACGACGACGACCACAACACGCAGGACAAUGCACUGCCCGGAACUAGAGGCACCAACGCUUCUAAUGUGGAGGAACACACGGGCCCUUGGAUAGAGCAGCAGAGGCCGUCGCUGGCCCCGAGGAACCGCGAGGAGCGGCCACCAGUCGAGGACUCUGCCGGCACGGAGGAGGGGGCGGAGGCGGCAGCGGAGGACAAGGAGGCCGCGGAGUGGCGGGCGCGCCCCGGAAAGCGGCCCCCGGGCAGCGUGCAGCCCGCACCGCUGCUGCCGCCCUCGGACCGCAGCCGCUCGCCGCCCCCGCCGCCCCCACCCAAGAAGAAGCAGGCCACGACGCCGACCCCGCCGCACACCGUCGCCGACUCCAGGGAGGCGGCUGAGGCCGGCCACAGCGCCUCCACCACGACAGCGGCCAGCGCCGCCACCGGCGCCAGGACGACGCCGCCGCCUACCACGCCCAGCAGCGUAUCCAGAGGCGCUACCACGGCGCCAUCUUCCAGCGCGGCCACCCCUACGCGGCUGAGCACGGCUGCCACCACACCGGCAGACUGCGAGUUCUCUGACGAGGACGAGCCCCCGCCGUGCCCCCAGCAGCAGCAGCAGGCCUUCUGCCCGGACUUCGACAGCCAGGAGCGCUUGGGGGCGCCCGGCGCGCAGCCCAUCGCGUGGUGCGACACCCGCCGCGAGCUGUUGGCAGCCCUGGACCUGCGCGGCACGCCGCUGCGCCUCUGGCAGUUCGACCUCAGGACUUCGCACUGGACGCAGCACCAGGUGCUGGUGGAGAACGGCUCGCUGUGGCCGGGCUGCGCGGACGGCAGCGCGCGGCACGCGUCCAGCGGGGACGCGGUGUACGUGGUGUGCGCGCCGUACGGCUCGUCCUUCCCGACGUCGACGCGCCUCGUCUACCAGCUGUGGGGGGCGACGGGCGCGGGGCCCGGCGCCGUACGCGCCCUGGGGCAGCUGCAGCUGGACGCCGCCUUCGAGGAGCCGGCCGGCGCCGAAAUCUGGAUGGACGAGACGCGCACCGUGCUACAGGCCGGGGAGAUCGGCGGCUCGCGGACGCUGCUGCUGGUGGCGUACAAGGACACUGUGCACCUCUGGCUGAGGGAGCGCACCGGCGGCUUCUGGCCCGUCGAGCUCAAGUGGCAGGGCGCCGCCUACAAGUGGUUCCGUUCCUUCAGCUCACCGCUCUACCACUUCAGCAUCAUGGGACACCCCUGGGUGAUGCCCAACCCCAGGGAUUUGCAGGCGCAGGACUAUUGGCCAGUGGAGCGGGGCCGCUUCGUGGUGCGCAUCGUGGACCCUAGCGACGCCAACGCGUCUCCGCACGGCGAGGGCGAGGUGCACGUGGCGCCUCCCCCCGCACUGCCGCCGCCGCCGUCGCUGCACGUGUCGCCCCCCCUGGCGCAGCCGCCGGCGCAGCCCUCCAACGGCGUUAAGGCCAUCGUCUUCUUCGGCCUCUCGCUGUCCAUCUUCUCGGUCUUCGGCGCCGCCGUCUUCGUGCGCCGCUGCGUCACGUGUCCGCCGGCGCGCCGCGACGCCGACUCGAAAGGCGUGGGCGGGCUGGCCGGCGUCGGAUUGGGCGGCGGCUCCUCCAAUCAGGCGCCAGUCGUGCGCUACAGCGCCAUCCCUGACGACCUCGGCUACCCUGCCGCCUAGCGGCCGCUGCCCGAACUCUGUGCGCCCCCCACGAAGCUGCGCGUGUGACGGGGCUGGCGUCUGGCGCUGCCUGUCUGUCAGGAUGCUAACUACUUGCUUGAGCCGUGACUGUUCCACGAACAAAUUUCUCUGCGGCCGAGUAAGAACAAUGAAUUUACUUCGGACUUUUGUCUUCUAAAAACUUCACGUAUUGGUUUUUGUUGCUACUCAAAAUAUACUAAUUGGUGUACUAAAUAUUUCUUCCUGUGAUAACAGAAAAAGCGCUCUUUGUUUUCUCAGUCCUGUUCCGAAGUUGGAACGAAACAUGUAAUUGCAUAAAAUUCUAUACUGUGUGUUCACUUUUUCUUGAGCGCUAAUAUCAAUCUAUGGGUCUCGGAAAAACUAAGUUUCGCUCUCCAGAACGACUCCCAUGGGAAGAGGAGGCAAUUAUUGUUCACUGCCCUUUACACAUUUCUGCCACUGCGUCCCUAUUUUGUAAUCCUUACUGAGCACACCCACGAAAGAAACGAACAUAACCUUUCCUUUCCGAGAAGGGCUGAAUACUUGUGCCCAUAGUGAACCAGCAACCUCUCCGUCAUAGGGUUCACAGUAAACAACAGAGCACAGCAUUCAAAUGACUCCAACAAUGUUAUUUCAGUGAAUAAUGUUUUAUAGCUAAACUUAACAAGGACUGAGAUGAAACAUUAGCAGCCCAACGUCUUCCGAACUAAGCCGAUAAAAAAAAAAUACCUGAGUGAAAUAUCUACCGAUUCCGAAUAACGGCCUGAGCGCACAAGUAAAAAUGAACUGAAUGUAGAUAUGUCCAUGUGAAACUACUAAUGCCAUAUCUAUCGACACAUUUAAAUGCCGUGAUUUGCGAUACUUAGCAACACUGUUUAAGUCUACAGUAUUUUUCGUUGUAGUCUUCCCAUCUUAAACACGAAAAGGACAAAGGAGAAUGCUUGUUUACCAUGUCCAAUAAAGAUAUGUUUAUUGUUGUUUAUAUUACUAAACUGUUUAGAGACUAACUCAAAAAGAUUAACUGCUUCAGUGUUUUUACCUAUUUCUUGCAGUUAAAUAUUCAAACAAACCGAAUCAAAUAUGAAGUUGUAAUUCAUGGACAUAGAUUUCAUAUCAUAAUCUUGUCACCUAAUGUAAAACUAAUAUAUAUGUGCGGUAGGAAGUGGUAUGGUUUAUUAUCCAUACAUAUCAUAACCUGCGAAUUACGAUCAUGGAUCAUUUAUAAACCAAAAGUUUGGUAAUUUUAUCUCUAAUUAUUUGUGUUUACGCAAGUGGUAACACAAUUCAAUCUUCAGAACCCAUAUUCCACCAGAAGAAAUGUAAUACUUGGCGAGUUUUGGUAGAUGUUAACUGUCAUCCUUUUGUGUGUGUGUGUGUGUGUGUGUGGUACAAUAACUGCAUCCUUAAUGCAAUGAUUCUCAAAUCGAUCUUAAAUUGUUUAUUGACUUCAUAGUAAUUUUAAACUCCAGUUGUGGCCUCUUAAGGCAUGAAACACUUAAAAGACAUAUGUUUUAAGAUGUUCGUCGCUAAUAUACACUGGAAAUAAGAAAAUACUGAAAGAUUCUGCUGCAAAUUUACAUAAGCAAACAACUGUAUGUUUUCUGGAAUAGAGUAAUGCAAAUAGAGCAUUUCAGUGGAUAAGAUCUGACAAGAUUAUGAGUUCUUCGAUUUUACAGUUUCUGUGUUGUUCACUAAUAUAAUACGAUGUCCCUUCAUGCAUGUCCAAAGGAACAGGCACUGCAGUAACUGUAGCUGUUAUGAAAUACUUGAAAUGUAUUUGCAGUUGCGAAUAUUGACAACUUUCAGCUGUAUAAUGGAAUGACAAAAGUGAAAAUUUGAGCCAUACGAAGACAAGAAUCCGGAUUUCCCACUUAUUGCUAAGUGGGAAAUAAUGAUGCAUGUCUCAGUCUGGCACAAAGUUUCGUCAUUGUCAUUCUCUUCUUCAGCAGACCGUUGUCAAUGUUCACAACUGCAAAUGUAUUUCAUGUAUCAUGAGUGGAAAUGAAUUAUUAAGAUUGUGUACUCUAACUACAUACUGCAAAACAAAUUAAAUACUGAUGUGCAAAAAUGCAUAAAUGUAGCUCUGUUAAUUCUUCUCCAUGGUGUUCCUCUCCCAUCCACUUCAAAUCCCCAUCAUUAUCUGAACAAGUAUAGUACAUUUUACUUUUCCUACUGCAAGCCAGGUGAUACUUUCCAUUGUAAUAAAUGUUAAAUAAGCUUAAAAGCAAAUGAAGGAAGAUUGCAAGCUAUGAUAAAUAUUAUUUAAUUUUUAUGAUCCCUGCCCAGAAAAUCUACUAUAAAUAAUUGGUCAAAACAAUUAUUUGUUAUUUCCUAAAUGUUCCCUACAAUCUUUCAGACAUCAACAUUAAGGUCUAUGUGAUAUAUAUGUAUGCUGGUAGCAACUGAAAAUGUUGUAAGAGGAGUACAUCAUUUGUAUGUGCAGGGCAAUAUUUCACUUUCAGCACUUGAUUCCAUUAAUUGCAAAAUGCUGACACAGAAAAAUUUGAAGACAGCGCUAUGUAACUGGAUCUUUAUCAAUCAAUGAAAAGAAUGUCAGUACUGACAUCCCACAGCUAUAACAUAACUCAAGUUUAGUUUAAAAAGGGACAAAAUGUCGAUGUACAAGCAGACAAAUGUAGUUUCAAAGCAUCAGAAAGUACACAGUAUAUUUCAGUAUAUUUUUAAUUUGUCUAUGAUGGUUAAAGUUUGGUUCUAAAAGGUACAGUUUCAUGUUGUUGUGAGAGGCAGGAGACCACUCCAAAAUUUCAGUAGCUUCUACACAACAAAGUUGUACUCAGGCAGCAGUAAAUACAAGCUGCAAUAUCUUGUACUGCUUCAGUACCAUAAAUAUAGAAAACAUGAUGAUGGCAGUAAUACUACAAAUGUACAUGAAGCUACCUAAUUAAAAUGCUGUAAAUGCAUCUUAAAUGACUUCCUGUUAAAUAAUGAUACAGUUUGCCAUUAUGAAUGUAAGCAUGGCAACAGACUUUGGCCCAAUUAUCAGAAGUUUCACCUAGCAGUUGUUCCAGUUCCCAAACAUGAACUUGCAACUGCAGUGUUGACAGCCAAAAGCAAAGACACUAAUACUAUUCAGAAAUUUCUGUGUAUGCAUGUAUUGUGACAACACAAAGAAAUGUAAAUUGUAAAAAUUUUCUUAUAUCCUGCUGGGGUAUGAGGCUAUUUUUUAAAGAAAAGAGACACUUGCUAUAAAACUAUGUAUUUACUGUUAUGUGUACAGUUACUAUGUUUUGUUUUUCAGGAAGUUACAGUGUUAAAUAUUCAUAUUCUGCACACACAUUUAGUGACAUUUAGAUGUGACUAGUUAAUAUUCUGGAAAUAUAGUGGACAGUAUGGACUCAGUCCAUACACUACAAAUACUACAAUUAUUUGUUAGAAUAUUUUACAAAGUGCAGACUGUUUUGGUAAUGAUGUAACACUGGUAUGGCAAUAGAUACUCCAUUUCUUCCCUCUUCAUUAAUGUAAGAGUAUGAUUACAUUUAUGUAUUUCAUGUUGUAUACACAAAACACUUGUUUUGGCAUGUGGCAGAUUCAGUCCCAUUUGACUGCUUCCAAGUAUAUAGUUAAGUGUAAGAGAUUUACAUCUAAAGCUGCAUUUAGAACCUGAAAUUUUGCACUAAGGCCAUUAUUUUAACAAUGUUUGUAAUAAAAGUCUGAAACCAAGAUAAAAGUAUUAUUUAACAGCAUUUAGAUGAAAGCGAAUCAACAGAGACCAGAAAUCUGGAGACAAAGGACUUUAUUCAAAUUACUGGAAGAGUGUGGGUAAAGAGUUUCAGCUGGCUUUUGUGUGAUGUUUUAGUGUAAUUAGUUGAUAACAAUCUAAAUCUGUGAUUAUGUGGGAGAGACCUCAUUAACAGUAAAAAAUACUGCUAGAAUAAAGAACUGACAUUUAUUUAAUCUUAUGAAAUACAGUAAGUAGUUCUAACUAAAACAUAUUGCCUUAAACAGUGGCAUACUUUUGAAUUCACUGUAGCUGGCGAAAGCAUGCCUUAGAUUAAUGAGUUUCUUCUCUCUCUCCUUCCAGAGAAGCUCAGGAAGUAAUUCAUUGCAUAUAUUACAAAAUGAAAUAUUUUAUGUGAAAUAUUUCUCAAGCCUUUGCAGAAUGCAACUUUCAGGGUAAUAACUAGUCUCACUGAAGUGUAAGAAUUGAUAUUUGGCAUCUUUCCUUGCCACAUAUGCUGUUUCUUAAAAUUUUGACAAUGGAUAUGUUUAAAACUUAUAUUUACAUUUGAGACAUUGGGCCAGUGUUCAAUGGAGUUCAAUAUUUACCUGUUAAAUGCGUUAAUAAUCUUAUGAAAGAUGUACACUUCUGCUGAAGAGCUGUUGCUUUACCAAAGAAAUCAGUCCAUAAGUAGAUGUGUGUUAGUCAUAGUUUCCUGUCUUUCAAGUAAGAACUGCUCUUAUAGAUAUUUUGCUUUCAUAACUGUGUCAUUUUUCUCAUUUUAUAGUCUAGAUUUAUAUUGUCCCAGAGCACAAGGAUUGUCAAAGGUGUUGUUCGAAUCAGUUUUAUUUUUCAGUCCAUCAGAACUAAUGCUGAUAUAUGGAUGUAUCUUAUUACAUGUGUGACACUAAGUCUUUCUUGUUAUGAACAACCUAUUGUAUUAAUUGAUCUUUAUCUGCUGUUAUUCUCACAAUGCAUGAGCAGUGGUGUAACACAAAGUCCUUAAUGUAGCUAAUGAAGAAAAUUUUAAUGUCAUACAUAAUAUCCUCAUGAAUAUAUAUAUUUUCUUUACCACAAAAGCAAGAUCACUAACUCAAGUAUCACACAUAUGAUUUCAACAUUAUUUUGAGAAACAAAAGUGCAAGACAAAAAUUUGCUGUAAAAAAUUGAGACACUUAGAUUAUGGUCAUCUAGAUCACUUUCAUUCUUUUAAUAGAGUACUGCAUAAGUUUAUGAAUGGACAGUUUUUUUACCAUAGAGAAUGUGUAAUUCACUAUAUUGUAUAGAUAAUACAUGUUUGGCUUCCCCUUGUAAAUGAAUGUGAUAUGUGUUGUGUUUGUCCCUCCAGUGAGCACCAACUAAUGUAUAAGUUGUGUUUAUAUGUUUAUGGGAAUACACAGUACAGGGUUGUAGCUUUAAUUAUUCAAAUGGCAAAAUGUCAUGCACAAAUGAGUCAUAUGUUUUGUUUUUCAUAGAUGUUGUAGAUAAAGUUAAAGAAAAACUGUAAUCCUCUUUUGUAGAUGAUUAAUACUGGCUCAGCUCUAUGUUUAUUCAUGAAUCUCACAUUCUAUCAUACUUGGCAGUUUCUGAGAAGACACUGUGUGAGAAAUAUGCAACAAUUGAAUUUCGUUGGUUACUUAAUAUUCUGUGCCAUAAUUAUUAAUAAAAAACCAGUGAACUUGAAUGCUUAUGGUACUGGAUACAGACAUAAGUAAUAGGAAUUUGUUUCUUGACCUUCUAAAUUUGACAAUCAGGUAUCCAAAUUACAAAGUGUAUGCAAGUGAAUAUAAACUUUCUUUGCAAGUCACAUUACUGGUAUUGUUUACUUUAAAAAAGAAAUUAAAAUAAACUAAGUGUAAUAACAAUUUGGACAGAGAUAUGUAUUUUCAGAGUAAUAUAUUGCCAAGUGCAAAACAUACUUCCCCAAACUUCUGUGUCUGAAAAUAAUAUAAAUUUCAUUAAAAUAAGAAUUUCUUUCUUACAAUGACAACCCUGUUCUGCAGAAAAUGUCUGUAUCGCCAUUAGAGUGUAUCAGCAUGAGCUUGUUGAAGCUAAAUGGCAAACCAGUUCCUUAUUAAAAUUUGAAGAGAAAAUUGUGUAUUUUUUCAAAUAAGAGCAUGAAAUUCUUUGAAAAGCUUUGAUUUCAGAUCAUACUACAGUUUACUACUAUGCCAGAAAAAAUGUACUCUUCUAAUUUAAAAGAAAGAUAAAGGAGAUGUGUUCACUUACCUGUAACAUACAUUUUGUAUGUGUAUUGAUGUGAGUUAUACACAAUAAAAGCUAUUGAAGUAUGA